AUGACGACAUUUCGUCGCCUGGAGUGCGAAUGGCGGCUUUCAUUCCUGAGGCGAGCGGCGCUAUGGCUCCCCCAGUGGUUUGCUAAGGUGGCCGUUUCUGACUCUCCACUAGAGGCUACCAUGGCAUUCCCUCAUCUGCAGCAACCCAGCUUCCUGCUGGCCAGCCUGAAAGCUGACUCUAUAAAUAAGCCCUUUGCACAGCGGUGCCAAGACUUGGUUAAAGUCAUCGAGGAUUUUCCAGCAAAGGAGCUGCACACCAUCUUCCCAUGGCUGGUGGAGAGCAUUUUUGGCAGCCUGGAUGGCAUCCUUGUUGGCUGGAACCUCCGCUGCCUGCAGGGGCGCAUGAACCCUGUGGAGUACAGCAUUGCGAUGGAAUUUCUAGACCCUGGUGGCCCAAUGAUGAAGUUGGUUUAUAAACUUCAAGCUGAAGACUAUAAGUUUGACUUUCCUGUCUCCUACCUGCCUGGCCCCGUGAAGGCAUCUAUCCAGGAGCGCGUUCUCCCCGACAGCCCUCUGUACCACAACAAGGUCCAGUUCCCUCCAACCGGGGGCCUUGGCUUGAACCUGGUUCUCAAUCCUUUCGAGUAUUACAUAUUCUUCUUUGCCCUGAGCCUGAUCACUCAGAAGCCACUCCCUGUGUCCCUCCAUAUCCGUACUUCAGACUGUGCCUAUUUCAUCCUGGUGGACAGGUACCUGUCAUGGUUUCUGCCCACUGAAGGCAGCGUGCCUCCCCCACUCUUCUCCAGCCCAGGUGGAGCCAGCCCCUCACCAGCUCCCAGGACACCAGCCAUGCCCUUUGCCUCCUAUGGCCUCCACCACACCAGCCUCCUGAAGCGGCACAUCUCUCAUCAAACAUCUGUGAACGCAGACCCUGCCUCCCACGAGAUCUGGAGGUCAGAAACUCUACUCCAGGUUUUUGUUGAAAUGUGGCUUCAUCAUUAUUCUUUGGAGAUGUACCAAAAAAUGCAGUCCCCUCAUGCCAAGCUGGAGGUUCUGCACUACCGACUCAGUGUCUCCAGCGCCCUCCACAGCCCUGCCCAGCCCAGCCUCCAGGCCCUCCACGCCUACCAAGAGUCGUUCUCGCCCACUGAGGAGCACGUGCUGGUGGUGCGCCUGCUGCUGAAACAUCUGCAUGCCUUUGCCAACAGCCUGAAACCGGAACAGGCCUCUCCCUCCACCCACUCUCAUGCGACCAGCCCCCUGGAGGAAUUCAAACGGGCUGCUGUCCCGAGGUUCGUCCAGCAGAAGCUCUACCUCUUCCUGCAGCACUGUUUUGGCCACUGGCCUCUGGAUGCGUCCUUCAGAGCUGUCCUAGAGAUGUGGCUCAGCUACCUGCAGCCCUGGAGAUACGCACCUGAGAAGCAGGCUCAGAGCAGUGACCCUCAGCCCCGGUGUGUGUCAGAGAAAUGGGCACCCUUUGUCCAGGAGAACCUGUUGAUGUACACCAAGCUGUUCGUGGGCUUCCUGAACCGUGCACUCCGCACAGACCUUGUCAGCCCCAAGAAUGCUCUCAUGGUGUUCCGUGUGGCCAAAGUCUUUGCUCAGCCCAACCUGGCUGAAAUGAUACAGAAGGGGGAGCAGCUGUUCCUGGAGCCAGAGCUUGGUCUCCCGCACCGCCAGCACCGGCUCUUCACAGCUCCCACACUCACGGGCAGCUUUCUGUCACCCUGGCCACCUGUGGUCACCGAUGCCACAUUCAAAGUGAAGAGUCACGUGUACAGCCUGGAGGGUCAGGAUUGCAAGUACACCCCAAUGUUCGGGCCCGAGGUCCGCACCCUGGUCCUGCGACUUGCUCAGCUCAUCACACAGGCCAAGCAGACAGCCAAGUCCAUCUCCGACCAGUGCGGGGAGAGCCCACCUGGCUGCUCCUUUCUGUCAUGGCUGCGCUUCACGUCCAUGGACAACAACUCCUCCUACCCACCCAACGACCUGGACGAAAUGGGCCAGGAUAGUGUCCGGAAGACAGAUGAGCAUCUGGAAAAGGCCUUGGGAUACCUGUGCCAGAUAUUCCGGCUUAGUGAAGCCCAGCUCACACAGCUCACACUCGCCUUGGGGACCGCUCAGGAUGACACUGGGAAGAAGCUGCUCCCAGACUGCAUCGUGGGUGAGGAUGGACUCAUUCUCACACCCCUGGGCCGGUACCAGAUCAUCAGUGGGCUGCGAAGGUUUGAAAUUGAGUAUCAGGGGGACUCUGAGCUGCAGCCCAUCCGGAGUUAUGAGAUUGCCAGCCUGGUCCGUGCUCUCUUCCGGCUGUCAUCUGCCAUCAACCACAGAUUUGCAGGUCAGAUGAUAGCUCUGUGUUCCCGCAAUGAUUUCGUUGGCAGCUUUUGUCGCUACCAUCUCAUGGAGCCUGCACUGGCCAACAGGCACCUGCUGAGUCCUGUGGGGCGGAGACAGGCAGCUGGCCAGGUCCGGGGCCCAAGGCUCAGCCUGCGUUUUCUGGGCAGCUACCGGACAUUGCUGUCACUGCUGCUGUCCUUCUUUGUGGCCUCUCUGUUCCACAUUGGGCCUCUGCCCUGCACCCUGCUCCUUGUCCUGUGCUAUGUCCUCUAUGCCAUGGCCAUGACACUGCUGACUGAGCGAGGAAAGUUGCACCAGCUCUGAUGGGUUGGCCACUUUGUCCACUGCAGAUUGCACAUGUGCCUGGAGGCCACUUCCAAGCCAGAGUGUGGUCAUCUUCAGGCUACUCAGGGUAUUAUCCUGGAACAGUGGAGUCAUCUGGAAGAAACAGAACCCCUAGAGAAGGGAGAGUGGCGUAGGCAGGCCAAGGAAGGUGGUAGCAGCAGGCGGUACACGAGCUAGGCUGGGUGACAGCCGGCUGCCAGCCCUUUUCUCUCAGCCCAAACACCUGUAGCUCAGCUGGAUGCCUCUUCCUCCCAGAAACCAUUUUAGUAUCUUGCUGAGCAAAGCCAAGGGGCUUAUGCCCCUUGUAAGGCAGCCCAGUCCUCCCCUCUGCUAUCGCUCCUGGGGAGCAGGGGCACAGUGGGUUUCUAAUACCUCCUCUCCCUAUGAGGGACCAGCCUCCUCUUCAGGGAAGAAUCAAAGUGUCAAAGGGGAAGAGUCCGGGGAAAUGAGAGGGCACAGUCCUCUGAUUCCUAAUAUAAAGUUAAGUUUGGCACCCUGAGGGUUCUUCGUGUUCUCCUAGCCAUUCCAAGACUGGGCCAUGGAAUUCCACCUUGGAGGAGACAAGGAUCCUCUCAGAGCACAGGGGCUUCACCUGUCACUCAGUGUCCUACAUCACCACCCACUGUGCCCAUUGAGAGGUGCUGGUCCUCCAUCAUGGGGCAUACUGUGAGGUCCAGGGAAUGGAUUAUGUCACCUGUUCUCCAAUCACAGAUGGUCCAAAGCAUUGUUCAUAUCUUCAGUGAGAUCAAGUGCUCAGAGAUGUGGCCUUCUGAUAACACCUAAGUGUUCAAAAUAUACAAGCACGUGUUCAUCUUCCUAAGUCCCCACAGGGCCUCACACCCCCACAGAUGUCCUACAGGUGACAGCAGGAGCCUGGCAUCUCGGUGGUUUUUUAACCAUGACUUUGUUUUUGUAUAUAGGGUUUAUAGGUUUUUUCUAACAUUUUAAUUGUAAAUGUUGGGUAUUUUACUUCAGCAUCAACUCUGAAUAAUGGCAUGUUGGGGCUUGUGACCAAAAAUCCAACCAAACUCAUAAUCUCAUAAUCAAACAUGAGUCUGAUGAACACAGCUGCUUCUGCUCCUGAGUCUCCCAGCACCUUUGCUGGGUCUCCAAUCAGUUACCCACUGAGGAUCCCCAGUAAUGUCCGGGAGCCUGGUCUUCAUAUGUGUUCCUCACCCUGAGGGCUCAGCUCAUCCACAGCGGCCACAGUCAGUGCACCUGCUGACACUGUCCUGAGAGCCAGGGGCCCCAGGAGGCGGGCUUGGGCCGGGUCUGAGUUGUGGGAGCUUUGACUUCUCGUCAACACAGCAGAACCAAACGUAGUGUGACAGUCUGUGACUUCAGAGGUUUAAGGGUCAUGUGAGUGGCUGGGGAGUGAAUUGUGUACUUGCCAGCCCCACGGUGGCAUCACCAGGGGCUGUCACUUGAGUGCCUAAAACCCCUUUCCCUGCAUAGCUCACCUUGCUCAAAUGUGAUGGAAACAGGAAAUAAAAGUUUCUCUAAAGUCAA